ACAAACUGUACUAUUUGACGGUGAUUACGGAGAAGCGUGUGUCGGAGAGCGAGGAGUAUGAAACAAACAGCGUUAACGUUUGUUUUUCGAGCCAAACCGUAACCCCGUUCACACAGACAAAGACUGAGUCAAAGGUACGUAUGAAAGCAUCGUGAGACCAACCGGCUCAACCUUGUCCGAACCAUAAAUUUACCUACAUUUGUCGGUUAACUUACGUGUCAUGUUCCAUUUUCCCACGUUCAUUCAACCUUACUACUGCUUGUUGUACAAGUUUUCGUUUCUCUAUCCCCACCCCCCUUUUCCUAUUCCCACACUUUCACUUUCUCAUUCUUUCUUCUUCUAUAAACCCAAAACCCUCUCUCUCUCUCCCCCUCUCUCUUCUCUAUCUCUCUAAACUACUAUAUAGAUAUAGAUCAACCAACCCUAUCUUAUCUAUCUAACUAUCUAUAUCUCUGACUCUGAUGAUGGAGAAAAAGAGUAUGAAUAUGGAUGAUUAUUCUAUUGGAUCUUUUCCUACUUAUUCACUUACAAACAUGUUUGAUUUAUCUGAAGAAAGGAGUUUCAUGGAGCUACUAGGUGUGCAGAACAUGAACAAUAGUUACAGUUUGCUUGAUUCACCUUUGGAUGUAAAGGAAUCACUCGCUGAGAAUAAUGGAAAUGGAAAAGAAACGUCUUUGAACAGUCAACAACAACCUGCUACUCCUAACUCUUCUUCCAUUUCAUCUGCGUCUAGUGAAGCACUCAACGAUGAACACAAUAAAACUGUUGACCAAGCCAAUAACCAUCUCCAAAAACAGUUGAAAGCUAAGAAGACAACAAAUCAGAAGAGACAGAGAGAAGCUAGAAUCGCGUUCAUGACGAAAAGUGAGGUGGAUCAUUUAGAAGAUGGGUACAGAUGGAGAAAGUACGGUCAAAAAGCUGUUAAAAACAGCCCUUUUCCGAGGAGCUAUUAUCGUUGCACCAGUGUUUCAUGUAAUGUGAAGAAACACGUGGAGAGGUCAUUGAAUGAUCCAACCAUUGUAGUAACAACCUACGAAGGGAAACACACGCAUCCAAAUCCAGUUAUGGGUCGUUCUUCGGUUUCUCAUGUUGGGUCGCUAAUACCACCACCGGCAGCGGAAUGCACCACCACCAACUUUGGUGGUUCUGAAAACUACUUGAUGUCGUCUCCAUAUUAUAAUCACCACCGUCAACAGGUUCUCUUCAAUACGUUGUCGUCUAUGGGUUUUCCCUCAAAGAUUCCUCAAGAGAGAUUGGUUUGUAGUAAUCCAAGGGUUAUGGAUCAUGGUCUUCUUCAAGAUGUUGUUCCUUCAAAUAUGUUUAAGGAAGAGGAGUAGAGUAGAUAAAUCAUUAUAAUCUCAUUUCUUAUGCUGCUCGAUGAAUCACUUUUUUUUGUAGCUGGUUAGAUAUAGGAGGCUUAGAUGAGAAAGUACUCCAUUAGUGAUGAUCAUAUGAUAUAUAUAUAUAUAUAUAUACUGCUAAACCCAUAUUAUCUUUUUUUGCACAGAUAUAGGUCUUAAAUCUUAAUUAUUAUCAAUAUGGAUUUUGAAUAUUUUUAUCA